AUGCUUUCAUCUUCUUCCCACCACCUCAAACUGCAACAACUAAACCCUAGUCUACCUGUUCCUGAUUCUAACCUACCUCACAGUUGCCAUGUGAGUUCAAUACCUUCGGGGUGGGUUCUGUUGACCAUAUCCUCUUUACUCCUACUGUCCUUCUCCAUUAUUGCCAUGGAUCUUAAAACCUCAAGGUACCUUCACCCUCAUCCUCAGGUGAAAGACAACCCGUUUGAUGAUCGUUUUCCUGAUUCUGUUUGUAAACUCGAUCUCAAGGAGACUACCGAUUUGGUUAAGUUGUUCCCAAUGGCGAAAAAAGAUGGAGCUGGGGUUAAGAGUAAUGUGAUAAUGGAAGCUCCACCUACACCGGGUCGACCCGUUUUCAGUUUCAGUGUUGGGUCGAGAAAGAAUGUUCCUUCGAAAUGGGAUGAUGCAGAGAAAUGGCUGAUUAGUGGUUCCGACUCACCUGCUCAUCAUCAUCUUCAUGGGUUUGUGAAAUCUCCGGAUUUUGUGUCGAAACACUGUAACAAUGGCGGUGGAAAUGGGUUUUUGGGUAGAACACAACGGCAGGAAAGUCAUCAGAAAACAGAGGUAUCUUCAGGGAUUAAUACAGAUGAAAAGGUUUCGAAAGCAAUUUCUGUUUUUCAAGAGGACCACCAUUAUCAUCAUCAUAACUCAAACAGACCUUUCAAUGGCGUCUCGUCGUCUGUCUCCUCUGAUGUACUCCUAAAAGAUAAAUUCACAGAUGGAUCGGAAGUCAUGGAACCCGAUUUUUCGAGAUUCAAAUGCGUGGUGCCAAUCAACGAAGGGUAUGAUCAAUUCAGUUCCAUGAAAGACGCAUCAACUGAAGUCAUUCACGAAGUUAAACGGAGAGACACCGGAACAAAUACGACGCCGCCUAGAAGCUCCACCGCCUCCCAGUGCUUCACACCGUUCGAAAGCUUCUCUCCGCCGCCGAACAACACCCCUGCAAUGUCAGGCCCAUUGUCAUUAAUGAACCCAAGCAGCUCCUUCGACAUUGCAGAGUUACAAGAAUGUCAUUUCGCGAAGUUACAUCUAGAGUCGCCAUUCAAUUCGGUUGCCUGCAAUUGGAGCUCGAGAGAGGAAGAAGAAGAAGAUGUAUCCAAGAGUCUGAGACACUACGAGAUGAACAACGAUUGUCCAAAAAGCAUUACAGAGCCUAAAGCUUGUUCUUGGGAAGAAGAAGAAAAGAUGAAAUCCCAUUUCAGGUAUGAAAGAGAAGAAGCAAAGAUUCAAGCUUGGGUAAACCUCCAAAACGCAAAAGCAGAAGCUCAAUCAAGAAAACUUGAGGUAAAGAUUCAGAAAAUACGAUCGAAAUUUGAGGAGAAGAUGAUGAGGAAGAUGGCGAGUGUUAAUAGAAAAGCUGAAGAACUUAAAGCAGCAGCUCAGUAUGAACACAACCUGCAAAUUCAAAAGGCGACCAUGCGAGGGAAGAAGACAAAGAACCUCCAUGAAAGCUUGCAUUUUUCCGGCAAUGGUGGCUCUUGUGGUUGUUUCCCAUGUAACAAUAUUGACACUUGAUUUAUUUAUUUAAAGAAACGAACAUUUCGAAAGUGAAAUGACUAAAAAAAAGUUGAGGAAUGUUAAAGGAAUCAACAUAAAACAAAACAAAUGGAAAAGGAAUGGUGUUGAUGUGUCGAAAAAGUGGGAUGUGUAGUCAGUUCAUGGCAGAAAAAGACUCUUGCCCAGCCUCCUACACAGGAAUAUACAACUCUUAAUGCAUG